AUGUUCAAGGUGGAGCGGUGCUGUCAGGGAGGCCGGCUUGGCAGGCUGGGCAACGUGCCCACCCCAUCGGCGGUGCUUCACUGCUCCAUGGGAGCACCAAGGCACUUGCAGCGGGACCUGCUGGAGUCGCUUCCCGAUCCCUUUGUCAUGCACGUUCCCGUUGGCGGCCUCGUGGUGGAGCCUGGUCCAAGUACCAUGGAGAAGUAUGGUGACACGUAUGCUUCCUUCGCCAACCUGCCUGGGGUCGUACUCUUCUCUGCCUUUGAGCCAGGACGACAGCCACCAGAUCAGCGUAACUCCGAUUCACAGAUUUCCAUCUGGACCCGAGUCGGCCGGCAAAAGGUUGGCACGAAGCUGUAUGCGAGGCUGCUUCGCGCGUGCUCGCCGGCAAUUGCCGUUGCACUGCCCGACGUUCAGUCGUCACACGUCAGCGACCGCCGACACACCAAGGCCGUCCAGCGCACCUCGCGUUACGUGCAGCAGCUGCACGAUGAGCUGGGCACCACCACCACUACAACCAGCACGACACCACAGAUCUGGGCGCCGAUUGUCGGCGGGCGCUCUCCAGAGAUCCGCCAGCAGGCCGCGCAGGCCCUCGCCGCCGACACCAACGUCCAAGGUUUUACGCUCGAGGGUCUCAACACCGGUGAAACGUCGCAGGAAACACUCAACGCACUUGAGUGCAUGAAGGAGCUGCCUGCGUCAAAGCCGCGGCUCGUGCACGGGAUCUCGCGUCUUGACGAGAUCAUUGCCGCCAUCGAAGCAGGGGCAGACCUCUUUGAUAGCCAUUUUUGCUACGAGAAAGCAGAGGAUGGGCAUGCAUUUGUGCUCGACCUUGAGACGCCACCACAGGCCCCAAACCCGAACCCGCUCUUCAUUGACCUGUGGUCCGACCAAUACCAGACGGACAUGACUCCGCUGCUUCCUGGAUGUCAAUGUUACGCAUGCACAAACUUCACACGCGCGUACAUCCAUCACCUCCACCUCACCCACGAAAUGCUCGGCACCGUUCUCCUCACCCUGUACGCGGAAACACCUGCACAGAAAAC